CUUCAAACAUGACGUCACGGCGCGGCUUCUCUAAAAAUAAACCCUCACACGUCCAACAGAUGGGUUCUGUCCGAAUUUCCUGGUUUAGCUCCGUAAACUUCAGUGAAAGAGAAGAAGGGGAGAGCACGUUUCCAUUUCUGUGGAGGAUUUUGGGGACGUUCUGACGCAAUCGCCAUCUUUUUUUUUCAUCACAGCAGAACUUUUUACAACACCUCAGACACAUUUUAUGACUUGGAGCGAGGGAGAGCGGGUAGCCUGGGUGAGGAUGGGUGUGGGAGCGGUGGGAGGGUCAGGAGGAAGCCGCCGGCAGCACUGACAGACACGAAGCACCGCAGCGACACACUCACGCCGAACUGGACCGACUUUUGUCAGCGCUUCUCUUCUGCCUUCGAGGGAACCAACUAGAACGUCAACUCAUUUAACUGAGGCUGUUUAAGGUGGUGGGUACCGACGGGGUGCGGGCUAUGAUGGAGUCGGCCCUGACAGCAAGAGACAGAGUGGGUGUGCAGGACUUUGUCCUGCUGGAGAACUACACAAGCGAGGCUGCUUUCAUAGAGAACCUUCGCAAACGCUUCAAAGAGAACCUCAUCUAUACUUACAUUGGGUCUGUGCUGGUGUCUGUUAACCCAUAUAAAGACUUGGAGAUCUACACCAAAAACCAUAUGGAGCGAUACCGUGGAGUAAAUUUCUAUGAGGUCUCACCACACAUCUAUGCAGUGGCCGAUAACUCAUACCGUUCUAUGAGGACAGAGAGGAAAGACCAGUGCAUCCUAAUCUCUGGUGAGAGUGGCGCUGGGAAGACGGAAGCAUCAAAGAAGAUCCUGCAGUACUACGCUGUGACCUGUCCAGCCAGUGAGCAGGUGCAGACUAUCAAAGACCGCCUUCUGCAGUCCAAUCCUGUGCUCGAGGCCUUUGGCAAUGCCAAGACAUUGCGUAACGACAAUUCCAGUCGGUUUGGCAAGUACAUGGAUAUUCAAUUCGACUUCAAGGGUGCCCCGGUCGGAGGUCACAUCAUUAACUACCUGCUGGAGAAGUCGCGUGUGGUUCAUCAGAACCAUGGUGAAAGGAACUUUCACAUUUUCUAUCAGCUGAUUGAGGGAGGUGAGGAAGACCUGCUGAGACGCCUGGGUUUAGAGAGGAACACUCACCAGUAUCAGUAUCUGGUCAAAGGUAACUGUCCCAAAGUGAGCUCCAUUAAUGACCGCAGUGAUUGGAAGGUGGUGAGGAAGGCCUUGACUGUUAUUGGCUUUAAUGAAGAAGAGGUUGAGGAGUUAUUGAACAUAAUCGCCAGCGUACUUCACUUGGGGAACGUUCAGUAUGGUGGUGAGGACGGAAUUGCCUGCAUCACUUCUGACACACAGAUCAAGUAUUUGUCAAGGUUGUUAGGAGUAAAUGGGGCUGUGCUGACGGAGGCACUCACACACAGAAAGAUAAUCGCCAAGGGAGAGGAGCUGAUCAGCCCUCUAAAUUUAGAACAAGCAUCCUCAGCUCGGGAUGCUUUGUCAAAGGCAGUGUAUGGACGCACUUUCACCUGGCUUGUCAACAAGAUCAACACUUCACUGGCAUACACGGUGCAUACUCACGAUGACUCCUACAAACACUACUCUGUCAUUGGACUGCUGGAUAUCUAUGGCUUUGAAGUCUUCCAGCACAACAGCUUUGAGCAGUUCUGCAUCAACUACUGUAAUGAGAAGUUACAGCAGCUUUUCAUUGAGCUCACACUCAAGUCGGAGCAGGAGGAGUACGAAGCGGAGGGCAUCACGUGGGAACCAGUGCAGUACUUCAACAACAAGAUCAUCUGUGAUUUGGUGGAAGAAAAGUUUAAAGGCAUCAUCUCCAUUCUGGAUGAAGAGUGUCUGAGACCUGGAGAUGCCAGUGACAUCACCUUUCUAGAGAAGCUGGAGAACACUGUGGGAGGUCAUCCACACUUUGUCACUCAUAAGCUUGCUGAUGGAAAAACCAGGAAGAUAAUGGGUCGUGAUGAAUUCCGACUGCUGCAUUAUGCUGGAGAGGUCAACUACAAUGUCAACGGUUUCCUGGACAAGAACAAUGACCUGCUCUUUCGGAAUUUAAAAGAGGUUAUGUGCAUGUCAGAGAACAAGAUCCUGAACCAGUGUUUCGACAGAGAUGAGCUGAGUGACAAGAAACGUCCAGACACGGCAGCAACACAGUUCAAGGCCAGUCUGGCAAAACUCAUGGAGAUCCUCAUGUCCAAGGAGCCGUCAUAUGUUCGUUGCAUCAAGCCCAAUGACUCCAAGCAAGCAAGUCGCUUUGACGAUGUUCUGAUCCGUCACCAGGUCAAGUACCUGGGACUGAUGGAGAAUCUGAGAGUACGGCGAGCUGGCUUUGCUUACAGACGACGCUAUGAGGUCUUCUUACAGAGGUACAAGUCCCUGUGCCCAGAGACUUGGCCAAACUGGGAUGGCAAACUGUCUGAUGGAGUUGCUACUUUGGUCAAGCACCUGGGGUACAAGCCUGAAGACUACAAGCUGGGGAGGUCAAAAAUUUUCAUCCGUUUCCCGAAGACCUUAUUUGCCACUGAAGAGGCCCUAGAAACCAGGAAGCACAGUCUUGCCACCAUGUUGGAGGCAGAAUGGAGGGGUUACAGCCAGAGGUCCAAGUACCAAAAACUUAGAACUUCAGCUAUUGCUGUUCAGGCAUGGUGGAGGGGGAUUUUAGGCAGGAGGAGGGCCAAACACAGACGGCAGGCUGCUGACACUAUCCGCAGGUUCAUCAAAGGCUUCAUUUACCGCCACAAGGAGCGCUGUCCAGAGAAUGAGUAUUUCCUUGAUUAUGUUCGCUACUCCUUUCUCAUGAAGCUGCGCAGGAACCUACCAAAGAACGUUCUGGACAAAAGUUGGCCUGUGCCACCAGCAGCUCUUACAGAGGCUUCAGAACAUUUGCGCAAGCUCUGCAUGCAGAACAUGGUGUGGAUCUACUGCAAGAAGAUCAGCCCAGAGUGGAAACACCAGAUGGAGCAGAAGAUGAUCGCAAGUGAGAUAUUCAAAGAAAAGAAAGACAACUACCCACAAAGUGUACCCAAGCUGUUUGUCAGCACUAGACUGGAUGGCGAGAACAUAAAUCCCAAGGUUUUGCAGACUCUAGGAAACGAGAAGUUGAAGUAUGCAGUGCCCGUCACAAAGUACGAUAGAAAGGGCUAUAAAGCCCGUCCACGGCAGCUGUUGCUUACGGCAAACUGUGCCAUUAUUGUAGAGGAUGCCAAGCUCAAGCAACGCAUUGACUAUGUUGCUCUGAAAGGUAUCUCUGUCAGCUCUCUCAGCGAUGGCCUGUUUGUUCUGCACGUGCCCAGUGAUGAUAACAAACAGAAGGGAGAUGUGGUUCUACAAAGUGAACACGUGAUUGAGACCUUGACCAAGAUUGCCAUAUGUGCUGACAAAGUAAACAGCAUCAACAUCAACCAGGGCAGUAUAAAAUUUACAGUGGGCCAAGGAAAGGAAGGGUUCAUUGACUUCACACCUGGAUCAGAGCUAUUGGUGGCUAAGGCUAAGAAUGGGCACCUGUCUGUCACGGCUCCUAGGCUGAACUCCAGAUGAUUUCUGAUCCAGAUCCUCCGAUAUCUGUCACACACACACCCAAACACACAGACUGAUGUUCUCCUCCAUCUUCUAAUCACUUGACCUCAAACCCAGCUCUGCCUUAGCCAACCAUGUACCAGAUUGUCACCACGUAGUGCUGCUGUUCGCUUCCAAUUUUAAGAUAACCAAUCCAGCAAUACUAAUUGAUAUAUUUUUGGGAUUAAUAGUGUUGGAAUGUUGUGAUUUUAUCAGCGAGGCCAAGAAAUAACAGAUAUUUGUGUUUUUCUUGGAAUGUCUGUGUUUGUUUUUGAUUUAUUUGGGAUCAUGACAAAGCAAACAAUGUGAGAAGAUAGUGUUUAUUGUGGAAAAAUCAGGAUGCAAUCUUUUGUAUGUGUUCCUUGAUUUUUUUUCUUUCUCUUGUCACUGCUUUCCGUAAUUGUUGUGAGAGAAUUGCUCGUGAGCAAACAAAGGAAAAGGUUAAGAGAUGUUGAACAACUCCAAUUACAGACGUGUUGAGCUUUUAAGAGACGGACGUACUAGUGACCUCAUAUUCAUUCGGCUCGCUCGUAUUCCGAACACGGAGGGAGCUGAUGAUGAGGGACAAACCGCAUGGACAACUUGAACUUUAUGUAGUGAGGUGAGGCGAGUCCAGCGGAGAUAAGGAGAGGAUUGUCAGACAGUCGUUGCUUGCCUUGCACUUGUGCCUUUCCUUUUGUCUCUAAAUGUUUGAGCGUUACCCUCCACGGUGAUUGACGCGUCCCACUCCAUCCUCCCACAAGCCUUCUCUACUUUACUUCUUGUGCCUCCUCUCUACUUUGUACAACCUGACUGCUCUUUGUAGCCUGGGUCAGGUAUGCAGCUAAUCUUUGCUCAAAGUCAGGCUGUAUUUUACACCAAUGUGCCUAUCAAAGAGACGACGUCACGACGGAAAGCCAUUAAUUUAAAAAUUAAUGGUUUGAUAUUAGCAUUAUCGAUCACUAAUUGAAUCUGAAAUAGACAUAAAGGCCUAAUGAUUUAAACCACUUGAAUUAUGGUGGGUUUAUUUCAAAUUUUUUUUGCUUGGUUUGUUUUGUCCAUAUUUAACAUCAACACAAACAUUACUCGUCAAAAUUAUUAGGGAUAUGAAUAUUAAAAGAAUGACGUAUUUUUCAUCACGUGUAAUAUAAGUGGCGACAGUCGUUCACCCGCCGCUUGAAGCGUUGCGGGUUCAGGGAUGUCCCAUACUUGGUGCCCUCAAAAUACCAUUUAAAUCUUUAUGCUCAUAUACAGUCAGAGAAAAAUAUAUGUAACAGAAGCUCCUGUAAUAGAUCAGAAAUGAAAAAUGUAUACACGAAAUCCCAACUCAGCAAAACCCCAUUCAAAACUCAAUGCUAAGUUUGAAAGGUUUGCCAAAAUUGUUCCAAGGGUCGUUGUUUUUGCAGACCUCACUCAGAAGCGGGUGCAAUAUGCCAAGACUGCUGCUUCAUUUAAAAGCCAAAGUACUGUUUGAUUUAUGAUUAUCUGUUGUAUAAUUUCUUCAGCUUUUUUUUGUUUUGAUCUGAUUUUAUUUGAUUUGAGGAGGGCAACUUGUACAGUUUGUGUUCUUUGAUCAAUGAAAUGUCGAAGCAAAGUUUGAUGAUGUAAAACAUUUUGGGAGGCAAAGCAUGUAGAAUAGUUAAAUGUGCCUUGUCGCAUAGCAAUAUGAAGAGACUUAAGAGUCAUACCUCCUUGUCUGUUAACUCUGCCAGAGUAAACUUUGUUGUUUCACUGCUUUGCAAAAAAAAAAAAAAAAUCUUGUAUAACAUUCUUAUUAAUGCCAAAUCCUAAAAUGGUCUCUUUUUUUGGGGGGGAUAAACUUUUUGUCUGCUCCACUCACUGUAUGAUCCAAACUAAUGUAUGAUUAUGCCAGCACACAAAGUAAUAAACGCUACUAAAUAUUUUGAAUAAAUUUGACAUGUACAGUAAAAUGUUGCCUUC